UUGGAAAACUUGCCCACAAUGGAUCUAGAGAAACUACCGGUCUACCAAGUCAUCCCACCCAGCGAAUUGCAGGAGCAAGACUAUCCCUCCCCUCCCUUCGAAAGCAGUACUGACCGACAAGCCAGAGGGACAUUCCAAUUUCGGAAAACCAUCCGCGAUGUCGCACUCGGUUUCUUGAUCGCCACUGCCUUCUGGACGAUCCCCAAGGCCACCCGUGUCUCCUGGCCGUCAGCUCGAAGAUGUAUGGGCAGAUUCUUCGGCCAUGGCCACCACCACCACCAUCAUCAUCAUAACCACCACCAUCAUCAUAAUCAUGGCCACCACCACAACCAGGGCCUGUUCCCCUCUGGAAAAGAAAUUGGGUACCAAGGCCCCACUGAAACUGGUGUAGAACCCUUCGUAGCUGUGACUGCAGACGUGCCACCUGAACAGAAAAGCUAUUUCCCUUUGGUUUCGCCGGCACAGUCGUCCCAUGAUGCAUUCGACCCAGUCAGAUCUUGGGGAUAUCUCUCGCCGUUUCAUUCGCUUCCCUCCAACGCUUUUGGGCUCGAGGGAAGCUCUGGGAAAGUUCCCAACCAAUGUGAACUUACUCAGGUCCAUCUUCUCCAUCGACACGGAGCCCGCUAUCCAACUAGCUCUAAAGAGCCCGCCGGAUUUGCUACCCGGUUGAAAGCUGCUGGCAACUACAAAGCCAGCGGCAACUUGGAAUUCUUAAACAGCUGGAGUUAUGGAUUAGGCAAGGAAGUGUUGACUCCAUUUGGUCGCAGCCAGCUCUUCAAUUUAGGUGUAGGCUUCCGUCAAAAGUAUGGACAUCUGUUGAAUAAGAUCGCACAUCCGAAAGCCAAAUUGGUCUUCAGAACUACUAGUCAACACCGAAUGUUACACAGCGCUUUAAACUUUGCGGCUGGAUUUUUCGGUUUGCCUUUCAAAUCGCAAUAUCAUCAAUCCAUCGUGAUCGAAGCGCCCGGAUUCAACAACACCUUAGCUCCUUAUUUCACUUGUAACAACAGUGAACAUGCCAGCAAAACAUUUGUCAAGACUAUCAUGUCGAAUUGGUCCGAAAUUUAUCUUGCGGAGGCCCUUCCGCGUCUGCAAGCUAACUUGACCGGUUACCAAUUAACAUUCGAAGACGUCGUAUCGAUGCAAAAGCUCUGCGCAUACGAAACAGUCAGUUUGGGGUGGUCCUCGUUCUGCCAGUUGUUUACUCCAGAGGAAUUUAAAGGGUUUGCUUAUUAUUCUGAUCUCAUGUUUUGGUAUGCCUACUCGUUUGGCUCGCCGACUGCAGCAGCCAUCGGGAAAGGAUGGGUUGAGGAACUAGUUUCUCGCUUGACCCAGCAGCCUAUCAAGAAUUUCGACAGCUCGACCAACUCGACCUUAGAUUCCAAUCCAGUCACAUUCCCCUUAGACCAGCCGAUCUAUGUCGAUGCAACGCACGACACAGUGAUUUCGUGUAUCGUUGUUGCUCUGAACCUGACCUCCUUAGCCUCUGAGGGCCCGCUCCCGACGCGCGUCAUGCCAAAAAAGCAAUCCUUCGUGUCUUCUCAUAUCUCCCCCUUUGCUGCCAACUUGCACGCCCAAGUUGUGGACUGCGAAGACGGUAAGAAAAUACGGUUCAUCUUGAAUGAUGCCCCCGUCCCCUUAACCGGUCUUCGGGGCUGUCCCGAAGACGCCGAAGGUUUCUGCCCUCUACCCAUAGCUAUCGAAGCCCUUCAAGCCCGGAUCAAGGAAAUCGAUUACCAGAACGAUUGUAAUGGUAAGGACGGCUAUGCUCCGCCCUUCGGUGGAGGCGGGAUCGUCGAUGGCAGACCUCCUUCCUCUGUUUAAGAUCUUACUCUCAAAGCUGGCAUCAGUCUCACAGCAUCAAACUCUUAUCUUUCUCUCUCUUUGCAUCCCUUUAUUUCAAACAACAAAAAACAAGUUCAGUGUGGUAGUUUGCAUGGAAUGAACUCGUCACCUCUGUAAAACAUUUUACCGAUCGACUCGUGAUUCGUUCUCAUUGAUUUCUCUUUUUUUUUUUCUUGUCAACCCGAGUUUUUUUUGUUAAAAAUAAACUUUUUGAUCUCUAGAGAUGUGUGUAUUGAUUCAACUGUUUUCUCCUUUGAAAUGUUGCUUUUGUCUUCAUGCCAAUCUCUACUUAUUUCUGUUUCUCACCUAUUAUUAUGUAUGUCCUUUACAUUCUAUCCAUUCUGUGUCCACAGAUAUGUGGGUUGGUCAUGACUCAGACUGAUGUGAAUCAAAUCCAUGUAUGGGGGUAUGAUCUGAAUGGAC